CGUUGAGGAUGUGUUAGUGGCGAUGAUAACAACUCCCCCGGGACGAUGGCACGGCGUGGUUAGCUCCGCUAGUGACACUAACCCCGGCACCUGGCACACACUCUUCCUCGCCUCCACCACCCACCUCAAUCAUGUAUUCCACCCGCAAGUGUUGCUAAUUGCAAGGUGCGACCCGACCCCGAUAUAAAUCGGAAGUGUGCGUUCCGACGGACGAUCGGCAUUUUAUACGAGGUGUAGUGUGGUGUGGACGACGGUGGACGCGGCCUCAUGGCUCCAGCACGCGGCCACUUGUAAACAUACACUCCUGGUUUAACCUGGAGUUGUUGUAACGAGACGGUCAUUACCGCCAGAGUGUAAUUAGCGGGUUUGUUACCUGAGUGAGUGCGGUCACGACGCCGACAUGUGCGACACCUCCGAAACGAUGGACACGCGGUCGGAGCCGUCGCAAGGGACCGACGGGGAAGGUGAGGACGACAUCUCGGUAGGCAGCCACUCGCCCCUCCCGCCGCCCCGCGACGACACCGACGAUGACUCCAUGAUCGACGUAGACGACAGCGCCAACGACGACCCCCGCGGCGAUAAGGUGGCGGCGAGCCCCAAGGUGGAGCCCCCAGACCCGGCCAUGAGCCCUGGCCCGCCCCGCACGCCCCCUGUGGCCCACCAAGCCAACAACGCCGCCCUCCACCGUUCCCUCAAGUUCUCUAUCGACAAUAUCCUCAAGCCGGACUUCGGUCGCCGGCUGGGGGAGACCCUAGAGACGAGUGACCAGCCCGUUGACCUCUCUAGGGUCACCAACCGCGACCCCAAGAAGGCGGGGGGCUUUCGGGACCCCGCCAGGAGCCCGGGGGACGUGGGGCAGGCGCCGAACAGUCUCCUACUGAAGGACAGGGAAGGGUCAGGAGGCACCCUCUGGCCGGCUUGGGUCUACUGCACGCGAUACUCCGACAGACCUUCUGCAGGUAUGUACUGA